UGAGGGGCAUGCCACAUUUGUCUUAGGGUGGGCUCAUGUCUAGGGAAUUAGAGGAUCUUUUGUCUUUAUGUUGCUUCCCAGUUUUUGCACUUGGACACGUUUUUGGAGCAGGAGGAUCACUGGAAUUGCUGGAGGAGUCCUGGGCAGCGGGUGUGCAGAGCUGUUGUGCAGAAGGAAGUACGUGGGCGGCUCUGCAGGGAGGAAGAAGGUAAGUGAAGUAGCAGACGUUCCUUGUGAUGUCGUAGAAUUGACAGCCCCCUAGCCUCAUUGCCUAGGGGGUUGUCUUACCUCCCCACUCUCUGUGGAGGCAGCAAAAGCCACUGAUGCAGAGAAAAAGCUCAGCUGCUAAAGAACAUAUGCUGUACAUUCUUUGCAGCCUGAGAAUUUGCGUCAGCACGUGAUUAAGGAUUAACAAGGCAAAACAUUUUUUAAUUUUUCAUGAACUGGAAAAAUAAAUAAAUAAAGUAGUUAGAAACUAUUCCCAUGAACUAACUAACCAACCUUUUUUCUCCGUGAUUUUCUCAAAUUGUGGACAAAAUGCUAACUCAGUUUUUUUUAUAAAUGAGCUCCUUGGUUUCAGAGGGAGGCCGAUUGUUUGAUGAGAACAGAGGAAAAGCAGAGAUUUUGAACUGUUAUUUCUAUCUGUCUACACAACAGAGAGCUAAACUAAUGAUGGCUUAACUUUUAAUAGAGACAAUCAAGGUCCCAAAGUAGAUUCACAUACCUCAACAAAAACAUGGAAGCUUACAUAUCUGAGCCUUCAGCUAAGGGAGCAGAUCCAAACCCUAUUGAUGAAUAAGCUGAGAGUCAUUCCUGUUCAUAAAGUUCACAUUUUCCUCAUACAAAUCUUUAAGUAAAUUUUGGCAUUAAAUUCUGUGUGCUCCCAGUUCUUUAGGCACUAGUUUUCUGCAUCAAGUGUGAGAGUCCAGGAGCUGCCACUACCUGCGGAGGUGGCAAUAGCUCCAGGGUUCCGCUAUGCCAAUGAAUGGAAGUGGUUUUGAAAGCAAGUACCUUUAAGGAAUGGCAUUUUUUUGCAUUGACUACAUUAACUACGCUACUACAACUGCACUUGUGGCCCGUAAUCCUAGUAGGUGGUACUAAGGAUGUGGUAACCACAAUGAGAUUUACAUUAUUGUGAAAUAAAGCAAGUCUCUAUGUAGCUCGUCGCAUAUAUGGAAUAAUGACCACAUUCUGAUCAUAUUUAAGGAAUAUGGAAGUAUAAUUCUUGGACCUUGGAAAGCCACAGUCCAGUUCACAGUCACACAAUACAAUACUAUAAAAAAGGAAGAAUAAUGUUAUUACUUUCUGUUUUUUCUGCUUCCCAUUCCUUGUAGAACUGAUAUAUUUGGCUUCAGACACAAAGCAGCAAUUAAACAAGAUUCGUAUGAAACUGAUUUAGCAACAGCCCAGGGAUCUCUCUGUUUUAGCAAAAGCUAAUCAGUGUUUGUAUAAUGUACAGGGUAGUGAAUAGAAUGUAGUGGAUUUGUUAUAUAAACAGAGGUUUGUCAGAGCCGAGUUCCCCACUGCUUCUCUGAGCCAAGGCUGAGAUGUGAUUGUUAUAUCUGACUAUAUGAAACAUGGGCAAUAUGAAAGGCUGGUGACUUGCAACUGUCUGGAAGUCUGUGUCUGUGUCAGACAAGUUGCUGCUAUUACAUUACUGAGACAACAGUACAACAUGCACACAAAUCCUUUCCUCUUGCUAUUUUGUUGUGACCUGUCUCUGUUAAUUAUCUCUGCUGUCUCUGCUGCUGUCUCUGCUGUUGUUGAGGAGAAGUUGAACCCCCAAUGUUCCUUAAAGAAUUACUUCAAAAGUGAUCAUCUGUACCAGGCUGGGGACAUUUUACUGGGAGGAAUAAUGCAGAUGAGCUUUGAUCGAAAACGAUUCGAACCUGAUAAUAUACCAAUGGUUAAUGCUUUCAGGUCAAAGUUUAACUUUGAUAAUGCUGCUGAAUUUUACUAUCAUCACUAUCUGGCACUCAAGUUCACCAUUGACGAGAUAAAUCAAAGAACUGACAUUUUACCCAACAUCACCCUGGGAUAUAUGGUGUGUAAUACAUGGGCUCUAGAAGGAAGAUCAAUGAGGUCUGUGAUGUCAAUACUGUCAGGAGGAAGAGAAUUAGUUCCCAAUUAUGAGUGUGAGCCGAGGGGAGUCCUGGCUGGUUUCAUUGGAGAUUUGACAUCUGAAUCUUCCUACAUAAUGUCCCACCUCACUGGCUUGUACCAUUACCCUCAGGUACUGUACUGCAAGGAGUUUCUUCAUAUUUUAGCAAUGUUCUAUGUUUCUUUCCUCACUAACUUGCAGCAGUCCCUCAGGUACUAUAGUGGGGCUCCUCACUGACUUUACCCUGACUGAGUCUGUCCUCACUGGGUCCCACCAUUACCCUCAGCUACUGCAUUGUUAUGUAGAACUUUAACCAGGAACAUAAGAAUAGAUCACUUUCUUUGGUCAGGUUGUUAGAAAAUGUAGUAAACUACGGUUAUUAAAACAAGGUGCUAUGUGAUUAAUGUUGUCUUUUGACCUGUAACAAUGAUAUAAUUUCAAUCCAAUGGGACAUGAUUUGCUUUUUAUUGUCAUUAUGAUGGACUGGAACUUUUAGCCAAUUAAACCUUUCAGUGCAUUGUUGUUGAAAUUCCUUGCCUAGGCCUGUAACAACCUUUCUGCCUUGAAAUAUAAUAUUUACAUAGGCCUAUGGGAAAUAACAAGCUGGCGGCUUUGUCAAGAAAAUCCUGAAAAGGAUAAGUAUAUUUUAUUGACUGUUAUUUUGAUGCAAACUUGAGCAUUUCUGAGCCAAAGUGUGACUGCACCCAACUGAACUGAAGGGAUACUUCCAUGCAAUAUUUGGGAAUCUGCUAAAGUUCUGGGAGCAGAUGAUAUUCACCCCAGGGUACUAAACAAGAUCAGCUCUGUGAUGGCCAAACCUCUUUAUUUACUCUUUCAGGAAUCAUUGAGGUCUGGCACAGUGCCGGGACACUAUAUAAUUGCUAAUGUGGUGCUGCUAUUUAGCCUAUAAAUAUUGGCCGGUUAGUCUGACAUCAGUGGCUUUUAGAAGGGCUAAUAAGAGAUGAUACUUGACUUCAAUUUAUGGUUUUAUAUGUAACAGAUCUGCCCAGAGCAGUGUAGCAGCAGCAGCAGGAGUUACACACAGAGCUCAGGUGAUUGUGAACACAACUGCACAAAUGGGAUGAGACAAAGAAAACUCAGAAAUAGCAACUUGCCCCUAACAGUAACGAAAGCUGUCAGGAAUCACCUCGAAAUGUCUCAGUUUACUUUAUCAAAUACUCUACAUUCAUCCACUUCUCACUCACUUG